CGCCCAAAGGCAUUUCAUUUCUUUCCAGGCAGUUCACGGGGCACAUCAAGCAAUUUACCCGUCGGCCGUAUCAUAAUAAAAAACUUUGGGAUGAGAUUAAAAGAAACUGAAACCAUGGAAGAAGAGGGUAAAUCGCCUGUCAAAUGGUUACGGCUGCUGUCAAUGGCAGCUGCUUUUGGCAAGACUUGAACCUCGUGCAAGUUGAAAGUGAGAGACGCAGCCCGAGGCUAUCCCUCCCCCAAACCACCGCACGCCCCAUGGCCCCUGCUUGGACCUCCAUUGGGGAGACCGUUUAUUUAUGGCUCUGCGUCUGUGAGAAAUGAAAAAGAGAGGAACAUAAGCAGUGGAUCCAGAACAAGACACGGUAGCUGCAGCCCCGUCUUCAAAUCCAUGUGAGACGCCGCCUGGAUAUCCAGCGUUCCGCUCCUUCUGCCCACGGCCGCCUGCAGCGCUCUACUCCCCCGGCUGAGAGAGAGCGGGAUAGCCAGGCAGAGAUGUACCCAGUUUUCCUCCUUCUGCCUUCCCUGCUCUUUGUUCAUACAUCCUGCACAUCCCAUAUCUUCAGGAACCAUGGGCGGAGAGUGUGCCUCAGAGAUGUCCCCCGGCACAGCACUGUCCUGCACACCCAGUCCUUUGUUCAGACAGUCCAUAAACCUUACUUAACCCUCUGCCAUGAUCAUCGACUCUGCAGCACAUACAAGACGAUGUACAGAGUAUCAUAUCGGCAGGUGAGCCACACUGUACCGGUGUCAUACUCCUAUCCAGAGUGCUGUCCAGGAUGGCGGAGAUUCUAUUCACACAACUGUAACCAAGCGGUGUGUUCCCAGCCCUGUGUUAAUGGGGGCACCUGCAUGCGACCGGAUCAUUGUUCCUGUGGCGUGGGCUGGACAGGACAACGCUGUCAGACAGACCUGGAUGAGUGCAGCGGUCCACACCCCUGUGCCCAGCAGUGCUUUAACACCCCUGGCAGCUACCAAUGUGGCUGUCGGGAUGGCUACCAGCUGGCCGGGGAUGGGCGUUCCUGCCAGGCGAUUCCUUUGCCUGUCACCACCGCUGUUCCUACUGCCACCCUGGAGAGUGGGAAGGCCAGGGCAGUCGACGCUGUUACAGAGGAGGUGCAGAGCUUGAAGAACAGAGUGGAGGUGCUGGAGCAGAAGCUACAGCUCGCCCUGGCUCCCUUCGACAGCCUCUUCUCACGCUCUCUGGGCGAAGACGUUGCUGAGAAGACCAGCUUCCUGACCCACUCCUUCCAGCAGCUGGACCGCAUCGACUCGCUGAGCGAGCAGGUCGGCUUCCUGGAGGAGCGGCUCGGAUCCUGUUCCUGCCAAGAAAAUUAAAUGCAGAAAGACAAACCUCACCAGAAGAAAUAAAAAAGCUCUUCGAUUCCAAGUUGGCUUCUACGGGUUUACAAGCCUUCAUGCACCAAGAGCAGAGUAUUUCAGCCAGGAUGAGGAAAACAAAGAACUCUGCCAGAGCAAAAAACAUGUAUAUAGCAUAUUUAUUUGAUAGGUAUUGGUUUCAAAAUGUAACCAUGAUUUAAAUGUAACCAGUUCUUAAUUCCCCAUAUUUAGGAGCCGAACUGUGAAGAGAGAGUUUGCUUAGUCUCCUGACUGUUCAUUUUUCAGAACAGAAUUUCCCUUUAGGAGGAUCUUACUUUAUUAUAUUGUUUAAUGAGCAAAAUGCACAAGAUGAUAUUGAAAAACAUGUGGUGGAACUAUGAAGUGAUAACUUGGCUUGGUUUUUGUUAAAGCUCUUUACAGACUACCCACAACCUGUGCAAAAGCUCUUUACAGACUACCCACAACCUGUGCAAAAGCUCUUUACAGACUACCCACAACCUGUGCAAAAGCUCUUUUGCCCAUUUGGAUGUUUGUAUUUGUACUUGUAUUCUCGCUUAAAUUAGAAUGUGAUGCACUACCUGUAAUUGGUUGUUUUUUUUACUGAAAAUUAUUUUGCCAAUAAAAGCUGAAAAUUACCUCAAA